AUGUAAAUAUUAUAAUAAGUAAAAGAUAAAUUUUAAAAUCUUUAAGCAGAUUUCAAAAAAGUUUAAAUUGAAUCAGAUUCUUUUUCAAAAAUAAAUAAAUCAUAAGUACUUUAAGAUAGUAGAUGUUUUAACAAUUCAUAGUUAAAUCCUCGUUAAUGCAGACAAAUAUCAUCAAAAUUAAUUUACUUGAUUAAUUAAGGAUAAACUUUUACUGAGUAAGAAAGUUCUUCAUUAUUUUUUGCUAUAACAAAAUUAUUUUAAUCAAAUGAUAAAGAUCUAAGAAGAAUGAUAUAUUUAAUGAUAAAAGAAUUUAGAGAUGAAAAUACAAUGUAUAUUGUAACAUAAUCAUUAAUGAAAGAUAUUACAUCUUCAAACGAUUUAUAUAGAAUGAAUGCUUUAAGGACAAUACCAUUAGUAUUAGAUCCAUCAAAUUUAAUACAAGUGGAAAGAUACAUAAAAAUGGCAAUUUUAGACAAAAACUAUGCAAUUGUAAGUGCAGCCUUAUUAUCUAGUAUUUAAUUGUAUCCUACAAAUAGCGAAAUAGUGAAAAAAUUUACUAGUGAAGUUCUUUCUGUUUUAAAUUCUAAAAAUUCAAAUAAUCAUUUCCAUUCAAUUGUUCUAUUACAUGAAAUUAAAAAAUUUGAUAGAAAUUCAUUCAUUAAAGUAUUAGUUGAUUGCACAAAAGAUUCGCAUAAUAGUUUAGCUACUAUGCAAAUCAUUAGAUUUAUAAAGGAAUCUUUAUUAACAGGUGAAUUAGAUGCAAGUUAUGAAAGAAUCUUUAUAGAUUAUUUAAAUAGAUAAAUACAUAAAUCUAAUGAAAUGACAGUCUUUGAAGCUUGUAAGGCUUUAUGUGAACUCAGUAAUCUUUCUAAUAAAGAUUUGACAGGAGUUAUUUCUGUUUUAGGAAUAUUUUUAAUGGGAUCUAAUUCUAUUAAUAAAUUUGUUGCACUUAGAAUAUUAAAUAAACUAGUAUCGAAUCCUAUUAGAAAAAGUCUUAUCUAAAAUAAAAGUGAUAUAGAAGCUAUAUUAACUGAUAAUAAUAAGAGCUUAAGUUCUUUAGCAGUAUCUUUAUUACUAAAAGUUUGCAGUGAAGAUAAUAUUGAUUCACUUUUGACUUAAAUAUAUGAUAAUUUGGAAGACAUGUCUGAUGAAUUUAAGGUAGAUAUACUAAGAUCAAUCAGAAAUUUAGUAAAAAACAUUCCGAAAAGAGCAAAAGCUGUUUUAAGUUUUCUUUUUAAUUGUUUAAAAAAUGAUGGAAAUUAAGAAUUCAAAAAAUACGCAAUUGAUAUUAUUGAAUAAAUGAUAUAAGAAAUUCCUGAAUCAAGAGAUUAAGGAUUACUUGUGUUAGCAGAAUACAUUGAAGAUUGUUUAUUUAAUAACCUAUAAUUAUAAGUAUUAAGUAUAUUAAACAGAGAAGCUUCUAAGUAAUCAGUUCCUUAGAAAAUUAUUAGAUUUAUCAACAAUAGAAUUCAUUUAGAAGAACCGGAAGUUAGAGCUGCUGCUGUCGGAACUAUCUUUAAAUGUGGAUUUUAAUAACCUUAAAUUAAAUAGAAUGUUAUUUCUUUAUUAAAAUAAACAUUAGAUGAUCCUGAUGAGGAAGUAAGAGAAAGAGCUAAUUAAAAUAUUAAUUUACUUGAAUAAGCCGACAAUUCAUUUUUAGGAAGUUAGUAUAAGAAUUUACACAAUAUUAACUUUUAAGAAAUUGCUUAUAUAGAAAAAUACAUUUAAAUGAAUAUGGAAACUCUAAGUAACACUUAGGAAGCUGAUGCUUUAUAAAGAGAAAAAAUACUUGAAUUUGCUAAAGAAAAUAAUCUCUAAGUCGAAGAAACUGGAACUGAUAAAAAGGCAAGCUAAAAUUACUAAGAAAAUGAUUUUGAAGCUGAAAAACCAAAAUAAAUCCAAAAACAGACAAAUAUGGUUAACUUAAAUGACGAUUCUCAUAUUAAAUAAUAUACCAAAUUAUUUUCCGAAAGUCCUGUUUUUUCAUAAUAUGGAUAACUUAGAAGUGCUGUAAAUGGAGGAAAUCUAACCGAUAAAGAUUCAGAAUAUUAAGUAUUUUAUUAUAAGUAUUUCUUUGAUGAUUACCUAGUUAUUGAAUACAUAAUAAAAAAUACUGUAUAAUAAACAACAUUAAAGAACGUGAAAGUUGAUUUACAAUUAAACAGUGAGUUUUUAAAAGUCGCACAUAUAGUACCCGCUAAUGAAAUUAAAGAAAAUGAAACAAGUAAUGUUUUAGUAGGAAUCGCACGUCAUCCUUAAUAAAAAAUAGUGGCUGUUACAGCUUAAAAUUUUUUGCAUUUUAAUAUAUGCGAAAUGAAUGGGAAUUAGGUUGUGGCUUAGUAUUCGGAUGAAUGUUAGAUUGAUGAUUUGAAUAUUACUGUUGCAGAUCAUUUAAAUAGGUGGGAUGUCAAAAAAGGUAAGUUUGAAACUGAGUGGGAAUAUUUAUAAGGGGAUGAGUCUUAAUAAAACUUUUAACUUACCUAUAAAAAUACAGAUUUUGCUAUUAAAGAAAUUGUUAAGCAUUUUAAUGUUAGUGUUUGUGAUGGAACCGAUGUUAUUUUGUAAAAUAAUAAAGAAAAAUAUCAUACUUUGAAAAUUACAGGAUUAUAUUUAAAUAAUGUUAAAUUUUUGGCAGUUUUUAUGAUUGCAUUUGAUUUAAAAAUCGGAUGUGUUUUAAAAAUGAAAGUUAAAUGUGAAAAUGAAGAUGUUGCAGAAAGUUUAAUUUAAGCAUUUAACUGA